UGUAUUUAAUACAAUUGGUGGUCAUUAUGCAAUUGCAUAUAUGGUUAAGAAAGAUUCUAACAUUCCAAUUAAUUCAACAUACAACCCUGUAGAUCCAGUGAUGUCCCUAUAUGUGAAUAUUAUAAAAGAUAGUUUUAAUCAACAGAUUUUGAUUUUUCAAUCUUAUGAUAAGAUGUUAAACUUUCCUGUUAUACUUAAGUGUCAAGCAGGUUUUACUUCGCAGGAUAUACAAAGUAGCAUUUGCUUUAUAGCUUUAUCAUUUUAUGAUCUGAAAAAUAAGUUUCCUUUUGUAUUUACUAAAUUUAUUAAAUUUUCAACAUCUGGUUCUGUUAUCGAAACGGGCACUGUACAAACUGCCCAAACUGUCUCUACAAAUUCAUCUUUGAGAAUGAAUGGUUUUGGUGCAGUAUUUAUGCCACUAAAAUUUGGUGGCUAUAUUUAUUAUAGCAAUAUGCCUGAAAAACCUAUAUACAUUUGUAAUAUAAUUAAUUCUUGCGAUUCCUUUGAAGUUCCAAAAAAUGCUCAGCUACAAUUUUCUGGUGUUUUUGAUAAUAACACUGUUUGGCUUGUUUUGAGUGUUCCUUAUUCACAAAAUUGGUUUAUUAGCACCAAAGAUGCAAAAGCAUUUACUAAAGAUUAUGGUUUUAAUAAUCCUGCAAUUUUAUCCACUAAACCAGAACAAAAUGCAACAUUGGCAUCUCUUUCCUCUGAAAAUAAUAUGAAUAUCAAAAUUACUUUUUUCACUUCAAUUGUUUUAUCAACUGGAAAUCUUACUAUUUAUCAAGUCAUCAAUGAAUCUAAUUACUUAUUACGUCAAACUUAUCCUGCAUCAAAUUGCACUUUAAGCCAGAAUAAUAUUCAAGUAACAUGUAAAGUUUUGUUAAGUACUUUUAAUAGAAUAGAUAGCAUAUACACCAUUGUUUUAGAUAAUAAUUUUGUUAAAACUUUGAUAUAUAAUGAACCAUUAAAUGGGAUAAAACGUGAUAUUUGGAAUGUUAAGACUCCAGAAUAUUCUACAAAAGCGACUCUAAGAUUAAAUUUGAAUUGGACAUUAUAUCAACAAAUUAAGACUGUGCUAUAUCAACAAAUUAUAUCUAGCAUUCCUAUUAAUAGUGAUAGAUUAUAUAUGACAGGAAGUACUCAAUUAGACUCUUCUUAUACAAAACUUUUAGUUGAAUUUUUAGUUGUAAAAGCAACAGAUCCUUUAAAUAAGCCAAGUAUACAAGAUAUCAUAAAUGAUUUAGAUGAUAUGAUUAAAAAUAAAGACACAAGUGCACUUUCUAGCUAUAAUUAUACAGAGUAUUUUGAUAGUGAUUAUGGAUUUAAGAUUCAAGCUACAAUUAUAGCAAUUUCUUUGCUAAGUGUUAUUUAUUUUUUGGCUAGAAGAAAGAAUCCUAAGGGUAACAAUAUAUUUAUAUUCCAAAUUGUGAUAAUAAUUGUUGACUUUGUUCUUGAUAUUGUGUUUAUUGUUACUAAUGGACAAGAUGUUCCAGAACUUUUCAUUCCAAGUAUUCUAAUUUUGGUCAUAUCUACAUUUCUUAAUCUUUGCUUUACAUUUAUAAUUUUUAUAAAUGAAAUUCAAUCCAACAUUGAAUUUUGUAAUUGGUUUGUGGGAAAUGUAAAAGUUGUAUCAAUUUGUACAUUAUUAUCUUAUCCUGAUAUUGAAGCUUUAAAUCUUUUAACUUCACAAAUUGGUAAUUUCAAAGUUUUUACUGCUCCAUUCUCUGAAAGAGCUAAUAUAUGGAUUUAUUAUGGUACAGUUCUUAAUAUUAUUGUUGAAGAUAUUCCACAAUUUAUUAUUCAA